CUUUCUAGUGUCCAAGAUGAGGCUGUGGACAAAAGCACCUUUAAGCAAUGCAACCAGAUUGCUUUUUACAGGCGUCAGAAACUUCUACAUCCUGGAAAGUCCUUGUAUCGAGCAUUGUUGGAUUCAGUCACGUUAAGUGAGAAGAAUGUCAAAUUCCAAGUUAUUCAUGAGGAGAACAAGGUUCUUCUACAGGUAGAAGUUUCUGAAGUAGAAGGCAAUAUUUUCAGGCUUAAAAUUGAUGAGGCAGCUCCUCUCAGAGCAAGAUACAAAGUUCCUGAUGUUCUUAUAAAGGAACCUACUACCCAGAGACUCUUCAUAUCCCAGAAGGAGGCAGGUGUUUUGGUGCUGUCAAGUGUUAAUGAGGACUACAAAUUUCAAGUCACAGCAAACCCCUUCCAGAUUGAGCUACAGGCCAAGGGAGAGGCUGUUGUGGGUAUGAAUUCCAGUGGGUUGUUAUGUUUUGAGCACCUACAACCACCUCCCCGUGACAGAAAACCUACAGCAGAAGACAAGGAGGAGGCAGCAAGUGAUUCCUCUAAGGAGAAACAAGAGGACCUAGGUCUCUGGCAAGAGAAAUUUUGUAGCUUCUUAGACAUCAAAGCUCAUGGUCCUAGUUCUGUAGGCAUGGACUUCUCUUUACAUGGAUUUGAACAUGUUUAUGGAAUACCACAACACGCAGAAGCACUUCUUCUCAAAAAUACCAGUGAUGGUGAUGCCUACCGGCUUUAUAAUUUGGAUAUUUUUGGCCACAAGAUACAUGACAAAAUAGGCAUUUAUGGUUCAGUGCCCCUUCUCUUAGCACACAAGCCUAACAGAACUUCAGGAAUCUUCUGGCUGAACUCUUCAGAAACGCUGGUGGAUAUUAGUAGAAAGGCAGUAGCUGAGCACAUGCCAUCUGGAUCGUCUGCAGAGACUGCUAAGCAGAGAGCAGUGCCUCUAACUGAUGUGUGCUGGAUGUCAGAAAGCGGCAUCAUUGAUGUUUUCCUCCUGAUGGGACCCACCGCGUUUGAUGUCUUCAAGCAGUUUGCACAACUGACAGGCACUCAGGCCUUGCCCCCUCUUUUUUCUCUGGGCUAUCAUCAGUGCCGCUGGAAUUAUGAGGAUGAGCAAGAUGUCAAGGCAGUAGAUGCUGGCUUUGAUGAACAUGACAUUCCUUAUGAUGUGAUAUGGCUGGACAUAGAGCACACAGAUGGCAAAAGGUAUUUUACUUGGGACAAAAAGAAAUUCCAGAACCCCAGAAAGAUGCAAGAACAUCUCAGGAAGAAAAAACGCAAGCUUGUCGUCAUUGUAGAUCCUCACAUUAAGGUUGAUCCCACAUAUACCCUGUAUUCACAGGCAAAAGACAAGGGAUAUUUUGUGAAAGACAGGAAUGGGCAAGAUUUUGAGGGCAUCUGUUGGCCAGGUUCCUCAUGUUACCUGGAUUUCACCAAUCCUGAAGUGCGAAAAUGGUAUGCAGAUCAAUUUGCCUUCAAAGCAUACAAGGGAUCCACUAAUAUCCUCUUCGUAUGGAAUGACAUGAAUGAGCCUUCAGUCUUCAAAGGGGCAGAACUAACAAUGCCGAAAGAUGCAGUGCACUACAACAACUGGGAACAUCGGGAAGUACACAACCUCUAUGGAUUCUACCAGCAAAUGGCAACCGCAGAAGGACUCAUCAGACGUUCUUCAGGAAAAGAGAGACCAUUUGUCCUCACACGAUCUUUCUUUGCUGGAUCACAGAAGUACGGGGCAGUGUGGACCGGAGACAACACAGCUGAGUGGGGUUACUUGAAAAUAUCCAUUCCGAUGCUUCUCACCAUAAGCAUGGCAGGGAUUUCAUUCUGUGGAGCUGAUGUGGGAGGGUUUAUUGGAGAUCCAGAACCAGAAUUACUUGUUCGCUGGUAUCAGGCUGGAGCCUACCAGCCGUUCUUCAGAGGUCAUUCUAACAUGGAGAGCAAACGGCGAGAACCGUGGCUCUUUGGGGAGAAGAACACCCAGAUCAUCAGGGAAGCCAUUAGAGAGCGCUACGUCCUCCUGCCAUACUUAUACACACUGUUCUAUCGGGCACACACGGCGGCUGAACCCGUUAUGAGGCCUCUCUGGGUAGAGUUUCCAGGGAAAAUAGAAACUUUUGCCGUGGAAAAUGAGUACAUGCUGGGAAAUGCUUUGUUGGUGCAUCCAAUCACAGAGCAAGAGGCCAAGACAGUGAGUGUUCUGCUUCCAGGGUCAGAGGAGAUUUGGUAUGAUUUCAGAAAAUUUAAACAAAUGGAAGAUCCAGGCACUCUGAAGAUCCCAGUAACACUGGAGAAUAUUCCUGUAUUCCAGCGGGGGGGCAGUGUGAUACCUCUGAAGACCACGGCUGGAAAAUCCACUGAAUGGAUGAUAGAUAUUUCUUAUGAACUCCACGUGGCCCUGGACACAGAGGCCUGUGCAAUGGGUGAGCUCUACCUAGAUGAUGGGCAUUCAUUUCAAUAUCUCCACAAGAAGCAGUUCCUGUAUCGCAAAUUCACUUUCUACAAGAACAUUCUCUCUUCCAGGUGCACAGCUGGAAGUGGACAAUACCACACUACAUGUGUGGUUGAGCGGGUGAUAAUUCUGGGAUUUGGACAGCAACCCACUUUUGUGACAGCCUGUUCCAAGGAUGGGAAAGAAAAAGAAGUGGUUUUCACAUAUGAUAAGACGACCUCUGCACUGACGCUGGAAAAUUUAGCCCUGCGUGUUGAUGCUGACUGGAAGAUUUGCAUUAACUGA